CAACCACGUCCACACCACACAUCCACGCCCGCGCGCCGCCCACAUCGCUGCGCCGUCGCCCGGCAUCCCCCCGUGAGACCGCUGUCUCUCUCCAUCAUCGAUCCGACGACCAUAUUCCCCUGUCGCGGUGCUGAGCCGAGCGCUCCAUCUUUGUCCCCGCCCGACCUCUCCCUCCUUCCCGCGGCCGCGAGCCGCAGCCAACGCCAGGCACAAUGGGCAUCUGCAUGAGCACCAAUAACGAGGAUGCCGAGCAGAAGAAACGGAGCCAGGCCAUCGAUCGCAAGCUCGAGGAAGACUCGCGCCGGCUACGACGAGAAUGCAAAAUCCUGCUCCUGGGGUCGGGCGAGAGCGGCAAGUCCACCAUUGUCAAGCAGAUGAAGAUCAUCCACCAGAACGGGUACACGCAGGAAGAACUCGCCAUGUACCGUCUCACCAUAUACAAGAACGUCAUCGACUGCGCAAAAGCUCUGAUAGGAGCCAUGCGACAGUUCGAUAUCGAGACCGAAGAUCCUGGAAAUGACGAGCACUGUAAAUAUCUGCUCGAAUACACGGUGGACCCAGACCCCGAGAAGCCGCUGGAAGUGCGGGUCGGACAAGCAGUCACGGCGGUCUGGCGAGACCCCUGCAUACCCAAAGUGCUUGAGCACUCGAGCGAGUUCUAUCUUAUGGACUCGGCGCCAUAUUUCUUCGACGAAGUAAACCGGAUAUCGGACCCCAACUACAUCCCCAUAGAAUCCGAUGUGCUGCGAGCGCGUACGAAGACGACUGGUAUAUACGAAACUCGUUUUACAAUGGGACAAUUGAGUAUACACAUGUUCGACGUUGGCGGUCAACGGAGCGAGCGCAAGAAAUGGAUACAUUGUUUCGAAAACGUCACAUCAAUCAUAUUUUGCGUGGCCCUGAGCGAAUACGACCAGGUUCUACUGGAGGAAUCAUCCCAGAACCGAAUGAUGGAAAGCCUAGUACUGUUUGACUCUGUAGUCAACAGCCGAUGGUUUAUGCGGACGAGUAUAAUCCUGUUCUUAAAUAAGGUUGAUCUAUUCAAGGCAAAACUCUCGAGAUCACCUCUAGGGAAUUACUUCCCUGACUACUCUGGAGGCAACGACGUGAAUCGUGCGGCCAAAUACCUACUGUGGAGAUUCAAUCAAGUGAAUCGGGCGCACCUAAAUCUGUACCCUCAUCUAACACAAGCUACCGACACAUCAAACAUCCGACUUGUAUUCGCGGCAGUGAAGGAAACCAUAUUACAGAACGCAUUGAAAGACUCAGGCAUUCUAUAACUUCGACACACUCACACCCCGGCUUCAGGUAGCUGAGACGAGCUGACGAAUGAUUUCUGAAGCUAUACACGCCACCCCUACGCCUGCUCGACUACCGACGAGGACACACGUCGCCUGUGCAUAGCCUCUUUCCGCCUCUCUGCUUACACCACCUAAUACCGCAACCAUAUCAGACACGAGUUAUCACGAAAGUAUCCAUUACCGUGUCAUUCGACAUAUCCUUGGGUUUCAUGAAUUGGGUUUGGGCC